AACGAACCGUUUCUCCGCAUCUCUUGGCGGUGGCCGUAGUUCUUCUGGUUUCUUAGCUUCCGGUGCGAGGAGCCCGAGAGGUGGGGGGUCCUUCCACGGGUCGCCGGUCCGGUCGACGGAGAUGAUGGGAGGUGGUCCGCACAAUAAUCAAAACGGUAACCAACAUCAAAGCAUCACCAACAGCACGAACAGCUUGGGGAAUCUGAUGCGGAGAGGGUCUAACAUGAUCAACAGCACGGAUCUGGGUUCUGUCACCGAAAAUGUGGGGGAGGAGCAGACCGGCGAUCAAGAGUUAAGAGCAUCGUUCAACCUGAAGUCGUCGUUAGGAUUGUCCAGUCCGACAAUGUCGAUGUCGAACACACUUGGAGGAGCGUUAGGCGCCGGUGGGGGAAUGAAUACCAAAACGGGGUUUUUCUCCCGGACAGCAUCGACCGAAAAGGUGAUACCGGAGGCGAAUUCGGUUACGAAUUCCGUCGGGGUAAGGAGCAACAAUGGAGAGGAAAACAAUAACAAUGGUAACGUCAAGCACCAUAAAAAUGUGGACCACACGACCACGAUAAGCGAUAAUCAGCAGGUGAAGAAAACCACGACAACAUCCACGAACUCUUCCCCGCUCUACAACAUGAUGAAAUCUGCCGGAUCCCCCUUCUUCAACAUGAUAAAGAAAGUCACUUCGACUUCCCCCACAAGAGACCAUUAUCCUAGUUCAUCUGCCGCAGGAGC